AAAAACAUGGAGAGCGCCGCCUCCUCGCUCUUCCCACAGGACGGACGGAGUCGGGAGGACUAGAAGGCGGUCCAUUCAACCGAGCCGACCGGCGCCUGCGCAGAACCGCCCUGCCUCAUUCUCUCCUCACGCACAGACGCGCGCGCACGGUCUACUUUGCAGCGCUGCCGCUGCUGCGCUUCUUUGCCCCCCCCCCGACCCUUUUUACCUCAGCGCCGCCUGACCAGUCUCUGAGGCGAGCCGUGGAAGCCCGCCCUGCUCUGGGAGGAGGAGGGAAAGAUGCCCGGAGCCUCCUCGAGGCGGCGCAGGGAGCUGCCGCCGCCGCCGCUGUGACUCGAACCCCUUCCCAAGCCAGCGAAGGGAGCGGCCGCGAGAAAGAGAGAAAGCGUCUCCCAUGAGCAGCGCCUCCCCCUCGCCAGGGCAGCGCCGCCCUUCGCCUCCCCAGCGCCGGUAGCGAGAGAGAGCGGGCGGGCCCCGCUCCGAGGCGGUCGGCGAGGCAUGCCGUCGACGUGGCUGAGCUGCCGCCUGGCGCUGCGCUUGGGCUCCGGGUGGCCCGGCGGCUCCUCGCCCUCCGCGCUGCUUUCCCGCCUCAGCCUCCGGGCUCCGCAGCCGAGGGGCCUCCGCUGCUGCUGCUGCUGCUGCCGCUGCCUCCUGCCCCUGCCGGGCCAGCGCCGCUGCCUCAGCACCUUCCGAGGAAGGACGGUGGCUCCCGCUGCCCCGGCCUCGGCGGGCUCCCCCCGGUCUCUGGGCACGCACCCGAAGAAGGAGCCCAUCGAGGCUCUCAACACGGCGCAAGGGGCGCGGGACUUCAUCUACAGCCUCCACUCCACCGAGAGGAGCUGCCUGCUGAGGGAGCUGCACCGGUUCGAGUCCAUCGCCAUCGCGCAAGGUAAGCAAAAGGGACCGCCGGGAAAAGGGCUCCUGGAGAAGGUGCGGGGUGCUUUUUCAUCUGCCCGACGCGGGAUUCGAACCCACGACCCUAAUCGAUCCCGGGGGUCUCGCGCCUGGGCUUUGCUUCUUUGCGCCGCUUUCCCGCCCGAGGCAAGCAUUCGGAAUGGAGAGCUAGAAGAAGAAGAGCCAGGAGGAAGAAGAAGAAGCGAAACUUUCCUAUUACUUGGCGCAUCGACCGAGGACUUCGUUGCCCCCGUUUCUCCCCUUCCGUAUCUAUAGCGCGCUUACCCGGAGUUCAGCGAGGCUUAACUCCCAAGUAAAGCCUUGCCCGCCGCUUAAAGAUUGCAGCCGGCGCUUGGCGUGAACUUGGGCAGCGGCCGCCGUUCUCCACCCGGCUUCGUCGUGCGAUAAUAUCGCCCUGGAAUGCACAAGAUACAAGGAUAAUGCCCCCGAGCACAUUCAGAGUGGCUUUCUUGGGAUGCUGUGUAACCAUAACCAGCCACUGUAACUGUGGGGUUAAGGGGGAGGGUGUGGCUGUCAAGCAGGUUUGAGGCCUUGGUCUGGUACUGCUUUUGUGUGGAACGGGACAGGGAUUCAGAUGGGCGUGCUUUAGAAAUAAACUAUUGAGGCUAGGGCUGUGUGCUUGAAAUGAAUUCUGACUUGCAUGGGGAAAGUGCUUCUCUUUAGUUCAUGGACCCACCCAUCUGACUUCAGGAGGCAGAGCUUCCAAGUUCACAAACAUGUUGUUUAGGGAGCGUUGAUUGAGCCUCCAGGCCUAGGCAUGGAAACACUGAAGGCAUGCAUUAACCUGAUAUAGGGAAAAAAGUAUUCACCCUAUGUUGGUUUCCUAGCCCAUGGCUAGUUGUGUGCAGGUGUGGCUUUUAGCUUGUCAUUACAAAUGUUGCUUUCCCAGCAUUUGGCAAGGUGUGCAGAAAGCUGAAUUGCACAUGUGAUAGCAGUUGUACAGGGGUGACUUCUUACAUACUGGGUGAUCACAUACAUGAUCUCUCUUGCCACAUUUAGGGUUGUGCAAGUGAAUUUUUGAUUCUUUAAUCUCUGUUACAUUCCAGUGUUUUGAAUCGGUUGUGUCCAAUACUUUGGGUCCCAUUUGUGGAUUGUUGCCAAGAAGAUAGUCAUGGUGCAUUCUUGACAUUGGUGUUCCUGUGGGUAUACAUCAUGUACUGUAAUCCAAAUUCUGCUAUCCCAUUUUCCUGCAGUGUGUGCCUGGUACUGUCCAGACUGAAGCAGGAAACAGAGCAUGGUAACUUGGAUGCCUGGGAAUACUAUUAUGAUAAAUUUAAGAUGUGAAUAUUUUAUAAACGGGGCAGUUUAAAAAAAAACCUCUUAUAUGAAAAGGGAAUCAAUGAGAGCAUACUCUACUGUCUACAGCAGUAGAGAAAAAAGCACAAACAUUGAUUUGAUUGGAGGGCACAUGACCAACUAAACUGUUUCAUAGUUCUGAGACUGCAUGUAGAUGGCAGCUUGUUUCACAACACUGAAAUGGAAGUACUAAAAUUGGAGAUAUAUCUGACCUGAGUGGUACUAACUAGCACUGGGAUGGUUUGGAGCUAAAAUUGCAGAUUUGGAGACCAUACCUCUUUUGCUAGCCUUAGUUUCUCUGUGCUAAUUGCUUCUAGUGACAGUCUCUGUGAGGGUUUCAGGUGACAGCUGCACUGAUUCAGCACAUCUUGUCAAUGUAAAACUUUUCUAACUGCUUUGAAUGCUGAUGUAUGGAGACUAAAGUAUGGAUAUUGAACAACCCGUUGAUUUUGUAUGUUAAUAAAAGAAACAGAAGCAGUGGAAUAGGAAUAACAGAAUAUACUUGACUGAGGAUCCAUCUUCUUUUAGUUAAGAUUUUGGAAAAACUAGAGAUUUUGCUAAAAGAAGAUAUUGUACUUCUCAACUUCAGCCUACACCACAGUAUAUGUAUUUUAUUUGCUUAUCUAGCAUAAUACCGCAUUUUUCUUUCAGUAAGAUGCCCCCAUGUAGAAGACACCCCCUAUUUUUGGGGACUCAGAUUUAAGAAAAUGGGGGGAGAUGGCCCAGAGUAUAAGACUCCCCCUAAUUUUUUGACAUUAUUUUUUAGGGGGAAAACCUACUCUUAUACACAGGAAAAUACGGUGUUUUAUUUGUCUAUAUAUCAUCAUCAAUGUAUGCAGUACAGAGGUUGAGAUGUGAAGCCAUGGGAAAAGCUGGAUUUUUCCUUGUUUAUUUUUUCAUUUAAAUUUCCUAGCUUUUUUCACAGGACUUCGCAUCUCCGCAGAUGACAGGUUCUUAUCUAGGGGGCUUACAAUCUAUAAUUCAACACUGAAAUGAAAUAGAAGGUGAUAGAAGUGGAACGAGGGUUGAACAGGAUUUGUUUAGCCAAACUGAAGAGCCACAGAAUAGUAGAAGUUAAAGACAUCCUGCAAUUUACUGGGCAGGUUUACAUAAAAAAUAAAUCAUGUUUCAAAUGUAACUGUGGUGUGUUCUUUUACGUUUACUGUAGUAUUGUGUUAUGGUAGCAUUUUAGACCUCCAGCAUAUUGGAUGGCAUGUUUUCUUUGAAAUCAUGAAUAUUCCAGCAUGUAUUCUGUCACAUUGAGCUGGCACAUCAAAUAGCUUGUUUUGGAACAUUGCUUAAUAUAAAAGGCUUGUAUCAUAGUGUGAAUAAUGUCCAUUCAGCUUUUUCCAUAGUGAAUAAGAGCAGCUGUUAUGAGUUCCAAAGUGCAUGCAUGUGACAGCAUCAGGUGGAAAUGGCUUUAAAGAUCAUGUAAGGUUAUCUUUCACAUUGAUUUUUCACCUAUUUUUCAGUUAUAUAGCAGGUUCCCAGCUGAUAGUCUCCUAGAUGAAAGGCUGAAGUGACUGGAGAAUUGCAACCUUUAAAGUAGAAAAAUGAGCAAAUGCUAAAUUUAAAGUUCUUCAAGUGUUAUAGGUUACUAGCAGCAAGCUUUCUUGGGUAAGGUUUGAGGUUACAAUACACAUUUAGAAACUAGUUUGCAUUUGACUCUGGGCCAUGACUUUGGUAAAUAUGCCCUUGAAAAGGACACUUGGCUGGCCCAUAGCUAGGUACUCACAAUCUGUUGCAUUGGUAUUGUUUAGCCUCCGAUAUAUGUUUAAUCUUAACCUUAUAUAUAAGGUUUAUAUAUAUAAAAAUAUAAACCAAAGCUUUAAUAUUGAGUCUUAUAACUCUCAAAUAGUUACUUCCUAUAUUUGUAACUUCAGUUCUGAAGCAAUCAGAAUUUUCCUAUAUUUUUCAAAAUUCUAAUUUCAAAAUUCUUUCCUGCUUAAAUCUUCCAAAAUAUAAAAAUAAUUCUGAUUUGAGUGUUGCAAUGCAGGCUUAUGUGAUGCCUACACCACCUCACUCCAGCCUUUGUUUUGCAGAGCUGUAAUUAAGGGACGCAGGUGGCGCUGUGGGUUAAACCACAAAGCCUAGGAGUUGCCAAUCAGAAGGUUGGCGGUUUGAAUCCCCACGACGGGGUGAGCUCCCAUUGCUCGGUCCCUGCUCCUGCCAACCUAGCAGUUCAAAAGCACAUCAAAGUGCAAGUAGAUAAAUAGGGAAGGUAAAUGGCGUUUCUGUGCGCUGCUCUGGUUCGCCAGAAGCGGCUUAGUCAUGCUGGCCACGUGACCCGGAAGCUGUACACUGGCUCCCUUGGCCAAUAAAGUGAGAUGAGCGCCACAACCCCAGAGUCGGUCACGACUGGACCUAACGGUCAGGGGUCCCUUUACCUUUACCUUUUAACCUGCUAAUUGUCUGUGUACAGUGCUUUUUCUCUUGACAGUAGCUUUUAACUUCCUUCCCCCCGCCCCUGGGGCCUUCCUCAGGCUUUUCUUGCUGGAUCCUGGUUGAGAGUCCCAGUGUCGUUUUCUUCUAAAGGAAGCUCCUAUUUGUCAUAUUCAGCAUUAGUUCUGCACCUCAGAAUCUCUGUUGUGUUUCAUGGGGACAUGCUUAGAAUUCUCAGUCUUCAAUUUGUUUGGGAUCCAUAAAUGUUGGCUUGACUUACAAGUCAGCCAGUAUUUGUGGUCUCCACUAAUCCCCUCUCCUGCAUCCCCUGGUAUGGACAGUGCAUAUAAGAGAAAAAUGAUGAGCUAUCUCAUUUAUGUUGGUAUGUAUGGAGAAGGUACAAAAUGUCAAGAGUCUUACGAGCUUAAAUUAUAGUGGAAAUGAGGCCUCUGAGAUAGCAGUUUUGUUGUGCCAAUUAGCUUACCCACAUGAGGUCUGAGGGCACACAGUCCUGAGGGUGUGGCAAUUCAUUCAGUUGAAUUAAGUGAAGCCAAAGUACUGACAGCAGUACCUGCACGCGUGUUAGAAUUUCCCCAGGUGCGUUUUGUGACUGGCACAGACCCUAUUGCGACCACUUGGAGAUCUCUGGAAUGCCAGGUUGGCAACCGACAUCUUCAUCUGGCUGGCCCCUCCAGCUUUCUUAAGCAAGUAAGCAGAAGAGCUUAUUUAUUGCAUUUAUAUCCCACCUUUUUCACCAAAGAGUAUAUGGUUCACCCCCCAGUAAGUUAGGUUGAGGCGUUGUGACUGGCCCAAGGACACCCAGUGAGCUUCAUGACUGAGUGGGGAUUCGAAUCCUUAUCUCCCAGGUUCUUGUCUGACACUCUAACCACUACACAUGUUGACUUCCUAGAGUACUUCUGCUAUGGGGCAGGUAUAUAAAUUAAGUGGGAAAGCAAAAUGUCAGAGAAGGAGCUGAAAUAUUUUCCUUGAAGUUUGAAUUUGUUUUAUUCUGCAUUGUUUUAUUUGCUGUUUUAAUGUGUUGUAAACCACUGAGAUUUUUUUAUUUAAAAUAUAAAGUGAUAUUGAUAUUAUCAUUAUUUUGCAAAAAGGGCCACCUAGAUAUUCCACUGUGGCGACUGUGACCUAGGUUUAAGCUGCCAUUUGGCGAUUAGCUUAUAUUUGAGUUUCUAAUACAGUCAUACCUCGUGUUGCGUCCGCUUCAUGUUGCGUCUUUUCACGUUACAUCCCAUGGCAACCUGGAAGUACCGGAAUGGGUUACUUCCUGGUUUCGCCGCUCACGCAUGUGCAGAAGCCCCAGAUCGCAAUGUGCGCCUGUGCAGAUGCAGCACUUCGUGUUCCGGGCAUUUCACGUUACGGACGGGCCUCCGGAACGGAUCCUGUCCAUAACACGAGGUACCACUGUACUGCUGCAGUCUUCUGUGACAUCUUAGUAGCCCAUCUAAUUUCAGGGAGUGGGGGCUGGGAGGUAUGCAUUUGCCUUAGGAGUUGUCUUUCCCUUUAAAAAGUUACUGUGACUCUCUGGUAGAUGGUUCUUAUGAGCUAAAUGUUCUUUGCUCUUAUUUAGUACUGCAUUCAUAUCUCUCUGACCAUAUUUGCAUGGUGAGAUCAAAGUAGAAUUUUUAAUUACAGCUGGCCAGCAUCUGUAAAACUAUACAACUGUUUCUAUACAAACAUAUUCUAUAUUUUUAUCUCAAAGUGGCUAAAGGGUAGCGAAAUAGCAUUGGUUAAAAGGUCACAUGAACUAAAGAUUUCUAAUUUAGAUUAGCUCAGAUGACUUAAGUAACACUUGUUCUGGCAUGAAAAAUUGGAACAGUUACACAGCUUUCAUAAAGUUGUGCUAUUUUGGGGAAUGACAUGAUGACAAUGACUCAGAACUAGAUAGGAUCACAGAACUAACAAACCUGUUUUUUGUAAUAGUGCAUUGUCUUCUGUUUUGGCAAUAGUAUCUCUUUCAAGACUAUGUAUAAUUAUUUGUUAUUAAAGAGUUACAGAAGUUGCCUUUUUAUUGUGAGAUCAGUCAUGCAGGAUUAACAGGAGGUGCUUAAAUGCUAAAUACAAUGCCACUAUAUACCUGAUACUAUGACUUUUAAUAUUUAAUUUGAGAGACUAUUGUUCACACUCUUUAUUCAGAUUCAUAAAAUUCAACACACUCUGCACAGACUCCACAAUGAUGCAAGGUGAAACAUUUCCAAUGCUUUAUUUUUCUAUGGGAAAUAUUAUAUUUCAUAAAUUCAUUAGAAACAAUGAAUGGAUGUCAGAUGCAAAGAAAUAUUAGGCUAGUGUGACAGUUUCAAAGUUUUAGCUUUGUUUUUCUAAAUACUAAGGAUGCUAAAUUAGAUCACUCCCUAGGGUAUCAGAAAAUAGUCUGCUACAACACCCUCAUUUCCAGUAAAUAUUCCCAUUUAAAAUAUUCUGGAAAACCAGUAUCCCUGAGUAUCCCAUGCAUAGAUCUUCAAAGUAUAGAGCUACCAAGAAUUUACCUCCCUUGGUAGCCAGUCAUUAUCUGUGAUGGCCUUAGACCCUUUCCAUCUCUGGUAGUUUGUUUAUUUUCCUGUUGUAUCAGUCAUGCACAACUUGCUGUGCAAAUGAUUGUGAGUAGAAAGGAGGAAAGGGGCAAAGAAAUGCUAAAAAUAGGUUUAUAAAUAGCAGCUGUUUUGCUCACCUGUGGUAAAAAUGACCUCUAGGUUGUCUGAAACCCAAGUAUCUAAUGAAUAAAAUUUAAAGAUGCUGGCCAAGUAACUUGUAGAUUUGGGCAGGAGCAGUUAAUUGAUGUGCAUGGAGGAAAAUAGACAAUUCUUCCUUCAAAGGAGCAGUAAGAAGGCAAGCACAUAGCUGUGGUCUUGCAAGAGUAGUUCUGCAAGCAUCUGUACCAAUAUGAGAAGCAGUAGUUCAGCUAUCGAUACGUCUGUCAUAUUUUCUUGAUUUAUCCUGACUCAAAUUAUUUUUUUCUGGUUGCACUUGCCCAAAUUUAUAAAUAAUCUCAUAAGGAUUUGACAAGUCUAUGUAAACCUAGCAGAGUUUAUUUUUUAUGUGCAAGAUUGGGAAAGAGGAAAAUAUGCCAUACUACUUCAAUUUCUUCAGGAAUAAGGUAAACCUAUCCAUUUCACACAAGUGUAUGUGAUAGACCUUGAUGAUUUGAAAUUCAAAGCAACAGGUUGGUGUGCCUAAUUGUUUCCUUGCUCCAAAUGUUAUACACCACAAGCUGUUCUCCCACCCCGGUGGUGUUCCGUGUGUGUGUGCAAAUACUCUUAUAAGUAGUAUAAAGCACACCACGUAAUGCUGGAUCAGAUUAUACCACAAUAUAGGCAUGUGUUGAAUCUGCUGCGGAGCAACAAAAAAAGAAAACCAGAAUAAACUGGACAGAAUGUUGUUGGUGCCCAAUUAAACUGAAUGUUUCACCUUGCACAUUGGGUCACACUUGGAGUAGAUGCACUGAAAUCAGUGGGCUUUAAGUCCAUUGUUUUCAGUGGGCAAGUAUGACUAAAAUUAGAUCUCGACCAUUAAAUAUACCAGUGGCCUAGCAGAAAAAUAUUAGACUUGCUUCUGAGCAAGCAUACAUAGGAUUAUGCUGCAAGGUUUGUAGUUGGAGUAAGUUCUGAAAACACGGAUUCAUGAAUAUUAAAGGCUUUUAACAUUGAAAUGUAACUUUAUUUCUUACGUUUGAAAAACUUUAGCUUCCAGAUUUCCUAAACCACUGGUACCACUUGAGAUGCCUUUGAAGCAAAUAGUACCACCCGAACCAACUAGUACUUGGGGUACAGUAAACUUCUCUACUUGCUACAUAAACGUGCAUGGUCUAAAUAGGUGCUAGGUGAACCAUGGUUUUGAUAUGAUGCAAAAUAGAUGCUGCUGUUUCAUUAAAUCUACUUACAUAAACAUGCUAUUCUGUUUGUUUUGUGUAACCUGGAAUGUUUAACAGAAAUGGCCAUGGUUGUUUCCAUUUGCAUUAGCAUAUGACUAUAAUGAGUUUCAGGGGUUGCCAUUUUUUGGGGGACCAUUGGACAUACUUCUAUUUUUGAGAGAGCAUUGUGGGUGUCAGUCACAAAAUGAUUGUUGUGGCAUAACGCACCAUAGUUGGGUGAACUUAAAUAGAGUCCCGCUGAAUCAAACCAAAUAUAGAUCCUGUGUUCUAUUUCUCAUAGUGGCCAAUUAGUUAUCUCAAUCAGAGAGCAGCUAUUCUAUGGCUUGUUCCUUGAACUCACUCAUUCUGUCUCUGAAUUCAGAGAUUCCAUUUAGCCAUCAUGACUCAUAGCCAUGAAAGACAAAUUCAUGGUGAGAGGUUUUGAAGUCUUUUACCUUAUACCUAUAAACACAUCUUGUGGCAGUGCGUUCCAUAGUUUAGUGAUGAAUUGUAUGAAAAGUACUUUUAACUGUCCCAAACCUUCUGCCAACUAAUUUCUUUGGAUAGCUCAAAUUCUAAUAUUAUGCUUGAAGGAGAAAAGCCUUUCUGUUAUGAGGAUGAGGGAGUAUCUUGGAUAUACAGCUAUUAGAAUUUUAAACCAUAUUCCAAGUGUGGUUGUGCUAUAAAGAAUUAGCGCAGUGUAGUUUAAUCAUGGUGCUUUGAAUAAAUCUCUGACUUCCUCAUUCUCAUACUUGUUCUGCUUAGUUAGGUACUUCAUCGUUUGCUAUUGGAUCCAAAGCAGCAAGCUAUGGCUAUGCAAAAAUCCAAGCCAUAAUUGCCACAUACACAGGACGAGGAAUGUGCAAGGCCAAGACUCAGCCAUAGUUCAGUAUUUUACUUCUGAACAGUGGCUAAAUGUCAUUUUUUUAAAAAGCAUUUCUCCUUGUCAUGGUACAUGAGUCAUGAGGAGCGUGUGAUUCAUUUCCAUAUUUUUAGGGGGUAAAAUGGUCAAAAAUUUUCAUGUCUUAUAAAUACUUCUACAGUACUACUUCUACUACCACCUAUGUGCAGACUGAAUAAGUGACAUCUAGAAUUGGAAAGAUGGUCUUAGUUUCAAAAUCAUUAAUGUAGGCAGUAUUGUUUCAUACAUACAUUUUUAUUAGGGUUUAUAUAGACAAAUACAAAGACUAUUAUUAAAAAAAUUUUUUAGUCUAGACUGAAACAUUAAUCUAGAGGCAAAAAAGAGAAAAACGAGGAAAAAGAGGAAGGGAGGGAGGGAUAGAGAAAAAGGAAUAGAAAAAAAUGAGAGAAAAGAAGGAAUAGAAAAAGAAUUGAAAGAGACAAGAGAAAAAGAUAGGCAAUAUUGUUUGGUGAAUCUCUGAGAAAAUACACAAUUUUAGCAGAGGUGUGUCCUAAGGAUUGUGUUCUAAUUAUUUUGUUUGUCAAGUUAAACUUUGUAUUUAAUUCUCUUCUUGACAUUUGACUUUUUAAAAAAUAACUAUUGUUUUCCAUAACGGAAAACAAUAAGGAACAAUACAUUCUAUAGCAUAGUAGCAUAACACUACAAAAUCAAACUUCAUUACAAGAGCAGAGUAAAAUUGUGAAACCAUGAUUUGAAGUGGAUCUGUGCAACAAGAGAUAUGCAUGUGAUAUAAGCACAUACCCCUUUAUAUGUAGGAUUUGGAAAUCAAACAAGCAGCCACAAAUGCUUUAGUAAAGCAUUGGACCAUAGCAGAUGGUGUGAGACUGGAGGGAUGGAAGAACCCUUUGUUGGGUUAAUGGGAACCAGGAUAACAUUUGGUUUUAAUUCCUCUUACAUCUCUGUUGCAUUCCAUAACUUGCUCAAGCACAGCUAAGUUUUAGACUCUAUUCCACCAACUUUUUAAGGUAAAAUGGGAGUGAAAGUGUCAAUGCUGUGGUAGUUCUAACUGGGCUAUUGCUAGUAACUCUGUGAUCCUAUCUGUAUACAUUGCAUUCUCCAGUGUGCCAGGGAGGAUGGAGAGCAACACUAGAUCCAGAGAAAUUAUUUGCUGUGAUAUUUGAAUAAUUUAACAGACGUUCAGAGCAAAUAUCUGUUGUAUCUGAUUUGUUUUGUCAGACCUUAGUUUUAAUACAGAGCUAUCUCUUGUGUGUGGGCUUUUAGCUGUCUAAAUACUGCUGAGAUGCUUGACAAAUAUGUUGUAAUCUCUGUAGGAUCCUGCUAUGCAAGUUGUAUACUCUUGGCAUCUAAGUCUAUCAGUUAUGUUGGCAGACAUGGCUUUUCUUUUAAUCAGGUUCAUUUAUACUUUCAUCAGUUUUUUAGUUGUUUGUAAAUUAAUGUGUUGCUUAAUCUGACACUGCCCUCCCCCCCCGCCCCUGUUUUGAGUUCAGACAAGUAUUUGCAGUUUCAUAUUGUGAAUAGCACUCUUAGAAUAUUUGUAAUUAAGUCUGGUUUUUUAAGUUCAGACUAAAUAUGAUUCUUGAAAGGAUAGUUUUGAACUCUGAAAUGAAAGAACCAAAACACUGGUUAUUGGCUUCUCAUUAGUAGAGAAGAACUGUAUUUGUAGCUACAAUUCUAUGAUCCUAUGCACCAGAUUAUUGUUAGUAAUCUAGUGUCAAAAACAGUCCAGUCUGUACCAGUUUAAUCAUGCAGUGGAAACAUUGACUGUGAUUGAGGAGAACAAAGAGCAGUUUAAGGACCAGGGUUCUUGAAGGACUGUACAUAAAAAUCUUGAGUGGAACCAUCUGAGGUGAAGUGAGUGGCAGUCAAAGAGGGAGCUGCCUUGAUUGUGGCACCCCAGUUGCAGAAUGCUUAUUGUCCUUUUAGUGACCCUUUCCAAAACUUUCCUGAUCCUGCUGACUGUUUUAUGCCACUUUUAUGAUUUUGCGUCUUUUAGCUUGCUUUUUGUAUUUACAUCUUAUUUAUUAUUUUUGUAAAUCACCCUGGGAAUAUGAUUAAAAGGGUGGUAUAGAAAUACUUAGAAAUAAUUUUUAAGCUGGCAAGAUAGCUUGGUUAUUGGUGUAGAUGAAGUAUAACCUGAAUUUGUGGUCUCAAUUUUAAGUUAGAUAAAACUGGUAUGAACUUGGUAAGUUCAUAAUGCACUACUUGUGAUGCUAAAUUUCCAGCAUAUUGCUGAAGCACUCAUUAUGGAAACUUAUGUGUUGCUCACAAAAUUUCAUUGGAAAAGAAACAACUGGUUUUUGCAGUACCAGAGCAACCUAUUCUAGUCUGUUUAUAACCUGGUAAAAGCCCAGCAGAAAUUUUGAGAGCUCCUUUUGAACUGUUCAGAUCAGUUUAUUUCCCACCUGAACAUUCAACAUCCUUAGGUAAGAUGAUGGGAACAGCUUGCUAUCUUUUUCUCCAGUUUAAAAGAUGAAAGGGGAGCAGUCUUUCAAAUUCUGAUGUGCCGUUCUCGCAUGAAUGGGAUGCCUUUCAUAUUGGUGUGGUGGUAGAACACUAAGAAGAUACAAUGCUAACAGUUGGUAGAGGUAGACAUCAAAGGAUCCAAAUUCUGUUUUAUAGGCCUCCCAAGUAUGUGUAUGUAGACUAGGAGCUAUCCUUUGCUCACAAAUUUGAAGUGAAUCUUAAGCCUUUUUUCAAAGCUUUUUCUUCCUUUAGGAAAAUAGAGCAGUUUGUUCCAAAAUGGAACAAAAUAUGAUUUGAAUUGACACUAAAUAUGAUUUGAUUUGACAGGCUGAAAAGCAGCUGUUCAACGGUCUUGACUGGUAUUCUGUGCCAUAAAUCGUCUGAUAGACCUUUUUCUUCUUGAUUAAGCCAUUUCCCCCCCUGUUUUCAACUCGAAAUGUUAUACCUCUUAGUACCGUCAUGUGCCUAUCUGAAACAAAGGCAUCUCUAAGCUUUUAUGGUGAACACUUUCAGAAUUACAAGUGCAAGAAUUUCAUCCUGUGAUUACCAAAUUAUUCUGUAUACUUCUGCUGUCACUGUGGGUUGUCAAAAUUAUUGAGCUUUGAGAAAAAUGAAAUCUAUCUAGAUUUAUCACUGCAAGAUCAGUGUGAGUGAAUUAUUGGGACCUUUUGUUGGGGAAGCAGGGGUGAAGAAAGUUAGGGUUACAGCAUCUUUGCACUGCUGAUAUGUGAUACAGUGUGGUUGUGUUGGCACGGAGAGAAGUGGGAGCAGGCUGGCUCUUCAGAGCCAAUCCGCUCCUGCCUGGCCCCUGGGGAGGUGAGGCCAAUGAGCAGUUUCUAUUGGGCAGGAUUCAUAGUACAAAAUGGGGCAGCAGAGACAGAGGUAAUUGCCUACUCUGCCCUAUGAGUUAUAUACUGGGAUGAUUUGCUUUUGAGUUUCUACAGAUCAUCAGGGUUCCUAACAGCCUAAUUUCAAAUUAGAAGGGAAGAACCCUGUUGCUAUUGUAGGGUUAGCAAUUAUAAACUUGCUGAUUUUACUGCAAAUCAUACAGUGAACUUUUGAUAGACCCCACUAUGCCUUCUACUUACCAUGUUCUAGGGGGCAAGUCUUUGCCCUGAAUAAACGGAGCAUUCUCCCAACAUAGCCAACUAUCCUAUAGCAAAAAGAAAUUCUAGGAAAAGUCAUUAGUAUUGGGCAAGUUGUUUUUAGGGAAGCUUGUCUGCUGUUACCAAUCUUCUUAUUGAAGAUCCUCUGAUAAGUGUGUAGGUAACCAUUCCCUUAAAACAAUUUGAAAACCAUUGUACUAUGUGCUGCCAUGUACAUCUUAAAAGGUAAAGGUACCCCUGCCCGUACGGGCCAGUCAUGUCCGUCUCUAGGGUUGUGCGCUCAUCUCACUUAAGAGGCCAGGGGCCAGCGCUGUCCGGAGACACUUCCGGGUCACGUGGCCAGCGUGACGAAGCUGCUCUGGCGAGCCAGCACCAGCGCAGCACACGGAAACGCCGUUUACCUUCCCGCUAUAAAGCGGUACCUAUUUAUCUACUUGCACUUAGGGGUGCUUUCGAACUGCUAGGUGGGCAGGAGCUGGGACCGAAAGACGGGAGCUCACCCCACCGUGGGGAUUCGAACCGCCGACCACGCGAUCGGCAAGCCCUAGGCACUGAGGUUUUACCCACAGCGCCACCCGCGUCCCUAAUGUACAUCUUAGAGGAUACCAAAAGAAUGACAUUACUAGACUAUAUAUUUCCCAUUCUUGAGGAAUUAAUUUUAUGAAAAGAUAUUUUUCCUCAUGCAGCCAUUAUUUAUUUUUAUUGAGAAAACAACAACUAUGAACUGCUUAAUUGAAAAAAAAUGUAAGCAGUGUCCAUAAAGUAAUAUGAAAUAAUAGUACAUGGAUAGUCAGCAACAUCUUGAAAACAAUAUGACUAACUUACAUGUCUUUGUAGGUAUGCUAGAAAAAGUUUUAUUAUAGUGUGCCUGCAGUUUGGGGGUUACUUUUGGCAGGAAAAAAUGGUACCUGGUAAGGAGUUAAAUCAAUACAUUUGUAUGAAGCACAAUACUAAGAAAAGAGGAAGAAGUUUCUUGUUUCUAAAAAUAUCAGUGGGGGAAAGCAUGUGUUUGAGAAUCAAUAGAUGUUUACUGUUUAUGGACUGUUUAUGUUAACUGCUAUAGUGAAACCUAGAAAUAAGACUCUCCCAUUGGGGAAACUUUUAAGUAGUUCUCAUGCUGUAUUUGUAAUAUUUCAGUUGCUUAAAUAAAGUUAAAAUUAGCUUGAUCUGGUUUCUGUGCAUCUUAUCCACCAGUCCAGAUGUCUUCUACCACAUAGUGCCAUAUGCUUUUAUGGGCUCUUGAAUAAAGCUCCUUUUUGACAGACGCAGGGAUAUAUUUUGUUCAGUAUGGGGUAAUUAAAUCUCUCACUGUCCUGAUAGUAUCUUGGCAAGUGAUUUGCUGGCUUUGCCUUGACAGGCAGGUGGAGAAAAACUACGUACUGUAUAUUCUGUGUUCUGAACUGAUGGAUCUGAGGCACAGAAACUAACUUCAGGUAAGAUGAUGCUUCAGUCUGUAUAUGUAGGAUACACUUGCUUAGAGCCAGUUGUCUUUCCAGUGUCUUUGUUUAUGAAAUAAAGCAUACACACCUUCAUAGUUUAUUAUUUUGGACUAUAAAACUGUUGUAUCCUGCCCUUCCUCCAUGGAGCUCAGAGGCUCAAGUGGGGUCCUUACAGCAACCCAGCUACUUUAGGCUGAGACACAGUGACUGGUCCCAUGGCAUCUGGUAAAUUUCCCCCCACUAAACAUCAAUACACUUUAUUAACUACACUACACCGAAUGUACUGUGUACAGCUAUGCACACAAUGUGAUUUAACCUACUUGUACCAUUAAUCAUGUGGUUGUUUUCAUAAUUUUUUUUGCAAAACACUAACUGUUGCUGCUAUAAGAACUGUUAACCCAAUUCCUGCUUUUGGAUUACCGGUAGAUGCUUUGUGUUUUGUUUAGGCUGCAAUUUUCUUCCUUACUGAAGGCUUAUUUUUUCCCCCUUUACUAACACCCCAGCAGUAGGAUAUCAUUUAAAUGACCCCCUCAGUCUGAUAUCACUUUAAUCCAAUGUAUUUUGAGUUGCAUAGUGUUGCUUAAAAAUCAGUAAAUGUUAGUGUAACGUUUUUCUUGUGGCAGGAAAUUGGGUUUAUACCACUAACCAGUGUUGGAGAUUUCUUCUUGUAAGCAAUAUAACAUCUUUUUGUGGUAUUGGGUAGUGUUCAAAUCUUCAGAUAACCGAUUUUAUCAAGAGCACUUAAGGGUAGUAAGGGUAGUAAACUCUUCCAUUUAUCCUGUCUAAACAAAUCAUUUAUUUGAUGAUACUGCAACCAGUCUGUCGCAGCCUCUCCAAUGUGUCACAUUUUAAAAGUUUUAUUUCUUCUUUUGAAAAGUCCAAAAGGUCUCUGUAUGUUGCCUAAUAUCCUUCCAUAUUCCUAAAUUGUGGGAUUUUAAUAAAGGGGCAACAGCAUAAUCAUGUACCCUAUCAUAUGCUGAGACUAAAGGUUGGAUUUUUCAAGAUCAAUUACGGUACAUACAAGCAAGGAGAAUUCAAUUAGUCAGUAGUUGGGCACCCCUGCACUAGUGACAAUGUAAUUUGAGUAUUUUAGCCAACAUUACUCAGUGUUUCAGAUGAUCAAGCAAAUGAAUAUACAGUCAAUUAUUUUGUGAAAUGGUGCUUCAUUAGAAUGCAUAAGAAGUGUAUAGUUCUGUUAGCAUGCUUUUGUUUAAUCAAAGGCGAGCAUGGAUCUGAAACUCACAGAAGACUGCAGUAAGCUGCCAAGCUGCAGUUUUCUGCGCAGUAGCUUGUGAAUGCACCAUAUAUGAAGAAAUCCAAAUUUUCUAUGAAAUGAGUAUUUCACACUAUGCUGUUCAAAGAGAACAGCUGUUCAAAUAUUUGUGGUUAUAAUGCUUUUCUUUAAUCACAUUUUUCUACUUAUCUAGAGAAGUUGGAAGUUGCGCCACCAUCCACUGGACAGCUGAAACAUGGUAAAUUAUGUCUAUUUUUUUAGAAGCUUAACUGUGGAGAAAGCCUCUCUAAUACUUGGAACAUUUCUCUCGAGGCCAAUGCAAGGCAUACAGUUGAAUACAUGAGAAUACAUUGGGCUGCUUGAGUCACAACAUUAUAGAAUUCUAAUUCUUGCUUCCCCAAAUUAUGAGUAACAUCAUAAAUCUGAUUAUCUUUACAAAAAUAAUUUUUGCUAGUAAGUUUUACUUUUAGCUGUGAUGAGAGGAGAGUGGGGUUAAAAGGGACAGAAAUGAAAUAUGACAGAGAGGAUGAAGAUGUUUCACCCAGCUCUUUGCAAAUUGUUGAUUAAUGUUUAUAAGCAGAUUUCCCCACCCAACACAACCCUUCCCAUAUACGACAAUUUUCGUGGGGGGGAGGGAUGACAACUCCAGAUUAACUGGGCCUAUAGCAGCUGCAUCAGUUUUUGUAGUGCUCUGUGUACAAUGUGCUAGUAGUUGCUGUGUGGUGAGUUAUACAUUGAAAGAGGCUUCCAUAUCCCAUUUCUGUGAUCUCAAACAUCACAGUUCAUAUGGGAGUUUUUUCAAAUUGUAGAAAAUGGAGAAUUGAACAGUAGUCUGCAUGUAUGAAUUUGCAAGCAUUUGAAAGCACUCCUCACACAUGUGUCUCUUUCUUCUAGUGUUCUUCCACAAUGCAAUACCUUUUGUAGGGUUUGGAUUUUUUGAUAAUGCAAUUAUGAUUGCUGCGGUAAGUCAUGUUGCUCCUUGAUCUCAAGCUUGUUUUGUGCUGGGUUAUAUUUGGUAUCCAGUUACCUUGAUAUGAUAACAUGUGUAACGCUAGCUUCAGAAAGACUUAUUAUUAUCAGUAAUGUUUUAGCAUACUGUAUUGCUAUAAUAGAUGUAACCUUAUGCAUGUUGUCUUUUAAAGUUUCUGGGAGAAUUGGAUGGCAGAGAGCUUGCUAUUCCUAAUGUCUUAAUUUUGUAAAUAAACAACUUCUGUAACCUUGCCUUUGUUAAUGAAUGUAUAGAUUUUAAUGAAAGUUUAUAUUCUCUUUAUUUUUAGGGCACACAAAUAGAACUGUCCAUAGGAAUUGUCCUUGGAAUUUCUACUAUGGCAGGUAAGUAAUCUAUGCUUGACUGACUGUCCAUGGCCAUCUACGAAUUGCCACUAAUCUACGAAUGUGUCUGUGCACACUAGGUCCUUUUUUUAAAAGCUGCUGAUUGAUGAUUGAACUUUGUAGUGCCAGAUGGAAAUUUGGUUACCAGAUAAUCUUACAGAAACUCAGUUCUUAUGCAAAAACUGCACAUUAAAGUUCCAUGAAUCUUUCUGCCAUGAUUUUAAAAUCCUAAGCAGGCUGUGUAUAACCACAAGGAGAGGCAGCUGAGGAGAGGCUGCUUAACUCCUCUCCUCCUGUUUGUACUUCUAAAUCACAUUCCGUGAGGUCCAUUUUCACCUGGGAUGGUUAGGGGUCCUUCUGGAUGAAAAAGCUGUUUGGGAAAGUGAUUGGGGCUGGAAAAGAUUUAGGGACAAAGGAGUUAAGCCAUGGGUAGGCAAACUAAGGCUCGGGUGCUGGAUCCAGCCCAAUCGCCUUCUAAAUCCGGCCCGAGGACGGUCCAGGAAUCAACGUGUUUUUACAUGAGUAGAAUGUGUCCUUUUAUUUAAAAUGCAUCUCUGGGUUAUUUGUGGGGUCUGCCUGGUGUUUUUACAUAGGAAUUCGUUCACCCCCCCCCCAAUAUAGUCCGGCCCCCCACAAGGUCUGAGGGACAGUGGACUGGCCCACUGCUGAAAAACUUUGCUGACCCCCCUGAGUUAAGCAUUUCCUACAGGCUUAAACAGCUCAAGAGGUUGAAUCCAAGCAGGAAACAGAUCUUACAUUUGCCUCUUGCAUUCCUAGUUUUCUCUUCUUAAAUAGUUUUAAUUGACACUAUGACCAUCAUCAUUACUAUUAUUAUUAGUUUAAAGCCACUUUGAGUGUUUAUUGGUAUAUAAGUUCUAUAAAUAAAUAAGUUCUCACUUUGCAAAAUAUUUUUUUAUUUGCGCUUCCAAACUGUUCCAAGAGAGCAACAAAAAAAAAAUCUGUUUCUCCAUGGCACUUGAAACAAAGUGUCUCUGUUUAAGAUGAAAGUGUGGCAGCAUAUUAAAGUCACAAGUGUGAAGUAUUAUUGAAUAGUCUCCUUUUAAAUUUUAGAACUUUUUCAUCCAAAAGGAUUGACUGGCUAAUUCUGAACCUGGAGGCAAAUAUUUGUGAUAGAUUUUAAAUUCAAUAAUGCCAGCAGCUUUCUUAGCAAGAUUAACAUGCUUAUAGAAAUAGAAGUUGGUUUUGCAGAAGCGUUGAAACUAGGAACGUAGGAAGCUGCUUUAUACUGAGUCAGAUCCAGCUCAUCAUUAUCUUCACUGACUGACAGCAGCAGCACUCUAGAGUUUCAGAAAGGGAGUCUUUCUCUGGAGAUGCUGGGGAUUGAAACUGUGACCUUCUGUGUACAAGGCAGAUGCUCUGUCACUGAGCUAUUGCUGUUGUGUGUAUGUGAGAAAGUAUGUUUUCACAUCCCCCUGAGCACUGUAAAUGUGUUGCUUGCUGCACCUUUCAGUCUAUUCCUUCCCCUGUAGAUUGCCAGUGCCGAUGUACACAUGGAUAUAGAACCCCCCCACUCACCCCAAAAAUCUCAAAGUGGUCAAACAUACAAUUGCAUCCUAGAUUCUUACUCUUUUUAGAGUGUGAUGCAUGGAGAAGCUUAUAAGAGCAUCGGAGAAACAUUUCUUUCAUUCUGCAGAAAGCACUUUCUAUUCAAAGUCACACUGAUCAAUUGAUUCUCUGUGCUUGUAGAGAGCCAGCCUGCACUGCUUUGAAGCCUCCAUAAUCAGCCAAAUGAUAUGCUUCAGAAUGUAUUGUAAAGGACAACCACCUUUUGGCUCAUCCCUCACCUUAUCACCCCACAGGUGUAGGGCAGUACACCGUGACAUGACUUGGCUAAAAUGGCCUGGGAAUGGGGAGGCCUGGCUUAUCCAGUUAGGUUCAUAGCUUAGAAAUUCCCCACUCCUGUAUUACCCUGCUCUUGUACCAGCUUUCUUGGUUACCAUUUUCUUUCCAAGUUCAAUUCAAGGUGCUGUUUUUGACCUUUAAAGCCUUAAAUGCCCUGAAACCAAAAUACCAGAUUUACCUUCCUCUCUGUGUUACCUGACAAUCUCAUUCCUCUUCUGGUACCCUCAUUGUUGGAAAAUUCCUGUUUUAAUUGUGUAGCUUACCAUUCUCAAGCUGUUCUGCUCCUACGGGUUCUUAAAGAUUAUUGUUUGUAUUCUGUACCGAUAUAUAUUUGAUUGUAAGAUCCUUGAAUAUUUUAUAGAAAGGUGCAUUAUAAAGGGUUUCAAGCAAGCAAAUAAUAUUAGGUAUAAUUCUGGAUUCUGAAUCAUUAAAUGAAAUAAAACAGUUGGCAUUUGUGUAGUGUAUUGUUCUGUUCUUAGUAGAUGCAUUACAAUGCUUGUGAUUCUUUAAUAUCUAGCUGCUGCCUUGGGAAAUCUUGUCUCGGACUUAGCUGGAUUGGGGUAAGUCUUAAUUAUAUUUUAUAGGCUGUGAUCCAGUAUCUUGUUCGUACAGUGGUUAACCAAAUGCCAAUAUUUACUUUACCAACAAUUGCUCUGGGGCUGUUUAGUGUAGUCUCCACUACCUUGGAGCUGAAUGGCUGGCAGUGGCAUAGUGGAACUAAGUCUCAGAUUUGUCAGUUCACAACCAACCACCCCCCCCCCCCGCCGAAGUUGCAGUAGAAACAAGAAAGCUUUCCGCAAAAACCAUCCCAACAAAAGGGCACAGCACCUGUUACAUGCCAGAGUGCCUCUUUAGAAGUCUAUUCUUUCUACCCCAAAUCUCGCAUGAAUCACCCAUAGGCUUACCUCACCUAUACUGCCAAGUUUCAAAUCAGUCCUUUAAACUAUUUCACACCCUAUAAGCAAUUGAACCAACUCCCCCUUGACACAGGGCCACAACUGUUUUAUGUAUUAGUAUUGAAAUUGUCCCUCUUAAGCUCUAACGGUGCUUAAGUGCUGGUUUGGCAUAUGUUCAGGAGACAGAAUUGCUCGCUGCAUUUCCACAACCAACAGAAACGGAGCAUCCUGUAACUGCUGUAUUUCAUAUUAUUGUGCUCAAAAUAUUUUUUGGGUUUUUUUCUCCAAGACUUGCAGGUUAUAUUGAAGCUAUGGCCUCCAGGCUGGGCCUCUCCAUUCCUGAUCUAACGCCCAAACAAGCUGACAUGUGGCAAACACGCCUCAGUGCACACGUGGUGAGUCUAUGUUGUGUCUGUGUUUUUAUACAUACAGUUUUGGUUAGUGAGAGGUUAAACUAAUAGCGGACACUGUGUAGUGCAGUAGCACCUUGGAUCAGAAUUCAAGUCAUCUGGAAAAAGCUAAGUGCUCUCAGAAUUUUGAGAUCUUAGGGGCAUUUAACAUGUGGCUUGUUCUGCAGAUAUAAUGACCAUAGUAGGCACACUAUAGAUACAAGUGAUAGCUUCCCAUUUCUGCAUUUACGUGUUUCUGUUAAAUCCUUUUAUACUUUUUGCCACUCUGGCAACAAGUAGUUUUGGCAAGUACAAGGCAGCUGUAAGGGAAAUAUGACUAGAUGGUCGUGAGACUAUGAAAAGCAGCAACUCCAGUAUUCAGAUUAUUCCUGAACACUUGAACUUGUGGAGAUACAAUGUGCAUGUUACCCCACUCCCUAUUAUUGUGGGAAUGAACUCUUUUAAAAAUGCACAUAGAGGUUCUCAGAAUGUAAAUUCUGCAGCAAAUAUUUGGGAACGAGAAGGAUAAUAGAAAUGAAGUUCAUUGCUCGUUACUUCCUGUUCCUGUUGUUGGACCUGAAAUCUGGUAACCUUCAUAACUAAAUUGUGAGUGACCCAUUUUUCUUUGUUUUAUAGGGUAAGGCUAUUGGAGUGACCAUUGGCUGCCUUUUAGGAAUGUUUCCAUUGUUCUUCUUGGGAGAUGAAGAAGAAAAAAAACUGGAAGAAAAAAAUUAACCUUUUUACAGUGCUUAAGAUCUAUAUAAACUAAUGUACCUCAAUUAUACAACUAUGCUGUCAAAAUACUUAGCAUUUAGCAGACAGUAACAAUGUAUAGAAUGGGGAACAAAACAGCAUGCCAUUUUAUGGAAACACUAACUUAUUGUGGCUUUGUUCUAGUACAUCUUUUUAUAAGGGUUUUUCCUUUUUAAAAUGUAAAUUGUUGAUGUGUGUGUGUGUGUUUCACUUACACCGGCAGUUGGCGUUUACCAUCCCCCCCCCUUUUGCCUCUAUCUUUUAUAAGGAUUAUUACUUUCAGUGCUUGCCAUCAAUGUACUGUAUGGGGCUGGAGUUUGCAUAUUUACUUAGCGUUUGCAAACGCAUGGCACAAGUUCCCUUUGAUGCCCAUCGUUCUCUCCAUUCAGGCCUUUCAGUGAAGCUAGGUGACAGAUGGCUUUAGGAGGAAUCAUGUCUUACUUUUAUUCAUCUUGGGUCACCAGUUGCACACUGUAUGACUGAAUAGCAAGACUUGUUUGAAUAAUGCAAAAUUUGAAAUAGGGUGUAGAUACUUGCUGAAUAAUGAGGCAAUUAGAGUGAAACACUUAAAGGUCAAUUGCAGUUUCAGGUGCUGCCCCUCUCUCAAAACUCCAUAGACAUUGCUUGGAAUGCAUCCUUGAUCUUGCCAAAUUGGCAUCUGAGAUCAGGAGAGUCCUGAAAAUUGGAAUCUUAGUAACUGACAUGCAACACAGGCUACAGUUAGGAAAUGGGGGUUUGCUCAAUAGUUGGAGCUGGAAAAAUGUGCAAAACAACAAUUAAUGAUAGUGCUCAUCAGCACCAGGAGGCCAGUUGUUUGUGAGAGUGUAGCAACAAUAUUUUUGAAAAUUGGUUUUCAUUUCAGUUGGUGUGUGUAUGCUGCCCUCCUUCCAUGCCUCUCCGAAAGAAUGAAAGAAAACCUUUAACCUAUCUGAAUUUCAUUCAUCAAUUCUAGGCGUCUGGGGAACCCCCAACAAAAUAAGGGUCUAUUGUUUGCUGAAUCAUGUGUAUUUGUAGAGCACUUUGUGCACUUGGUGUGUGCAGGCCGAGAAAAAGCAGUGCAUUGCGCACUUUGAAUAGGGGAAAAGUGGAGUUCAGAUAUGUUUAGAAUUAGUGCAAAGUAAGAUGAAGCCUUGAAAGGUUGUAGCUCAUUAAACUGUGUUGCCUUCAGUGAGAAACAGACUUCAGUGUGCCACUUCUGGAAGUCUCUUGUUUCAGGAAUUUGAAAGUAAUUUUCACUGUCCUUGUUUCUUUGACUACUAACUGGGGCAGAAUGUUACUUUAGAUGUGUCUUGGAAUGCCUUUUAAAUGUCUAGACUUGGUCUGGAUGUGUGGAUCAUGUGUGCAAAAUGUAACUUAAAUAAAUAAACUUGAUCACUUUUCAUUAAUUAGAAGGGCAUAAAGGUUUCUUUCCGUUUUGCCUCACUGGUUCUCUUGUCAUACUUAGUGUGCAAUUUCCUAUGUACCUUUUACUUGUUGGAAUAGAGAAUAUUAAUCUUUGCCAUGUUCUGAAUAAUGGAUGAUAACUUGCACUGAACAUCCAACUUCUAAAUAUACAACCAGCAUAAGUAGGAAUGAAUACAUGGCUGUAGGAAGCUUUUAAUGACACUUUGUUUUGAAGUCUUAGUUGCUGCUUUUUUAAAAUAGUUUUUAUGGAGGCAUUAUCCUAUAAAGUCAAAGCUUGUUUCUAGCUAUAAAAUGACAUCACUUGCAGCCCUAUUACAGUGGUACCUCGGGUUACAUACGCUUCAGGUUACAGACUCCACUAACCCAGAAAUAGUACCUCGGGUUAAAAACUUUGCUUCAGGAUGAGAACAGAAAUCGUGCUCCUGCAGUGUGGCAGCAGCGGGAGGCCCCAUUAGCUAAAGUGGUGCUUCAGGUUAAGAAGAGUUUCAGGUUAAGAACGGACCUCCAGAACGAAUUAACUAUUUAACCCGAGGUACCACUGUACUGAAUCCUUGGGAGUUGUCACAUGCAAGCUGCCACCGUACCUGGAAGCACAUUGCAUUGAAAUCAAUGGGGCUUUCUUCUGAGUAAACAUAGUAAGGUUUGAAUUCGGUAAGACGAUUCAGUAGUAGUUGGGUUCGGAAUUUACCCUGUGGUCUGGUUUGCUCUUGUGCCUUUAGCAGCAGCUUGACUUGUACAAAUCCAGUAGAUGAAGCUUCUCAUAGCAUGGAAAUGCAUUGUCAUCUACUCUCGUUCUUCAGGUAUCUGAAGGACUGCCAACUUCUGCAUGAAUCCUCCUGUACAUUUAGGUACCGUCUUCCAAGACCCUCUACCUUAGGUGGGGUGAGACUGGGCAAAGAGCAUCUUUGGUUAUGCCUCCUCACUUUUUUGAAAUGUCCCCACCAGGAAGCCUGCCUCUUUUCUUUUUAACUCCAGUCAAAAACUCUUCUCUCGUAUUACGCUUUUAAUUACGUGUUUAUAGUUUUAGCUCGCUUCUGUUUGGUAUCCCACUGUUGUAAGCUGAUUUUAUGCUUUCAUCUUUUUUAGAUUUGUUCACUGCCCUGAGAGCAUUUGUGCUUAACCAUGGGAUUAAUUGGGUUAAAAAAGAAAAAAAAGGUUUGGCAACCCUAGAAUAAGCCAUAUCUACAAACUGAUACACAGCAGUAUUUAUAAAUGCAUUUCUGAAUUACUUUUAAUGUUUUUUGUUAUAAAAACUAUGAGGAGGUCUAUACUCUUCCUAUUCCAAAUUUAUUGCACAUUCUGAGAGAGGAAGAACUUAAAUCAGCAACAAAAUAAGGGACCCCUAUCUUCUGCUGUCCCCUAGCAAUUUAAAACAAAUAUUCUCUCACAACUAUGAUUUGAAUAAAGCAUCCCUUAAGUAACUGCUCUACUAAUUUACAGAACCUUAUAGCUUAAUGUAUCUGCCGAUAUACUGAUAAUCUGAAUAUAACAUCACUUUAAGGAUCAAACUAGAUGAUUGGUAGCAGACCAGCAUGUAAGAAUCCCAGACAUAAAAAGUGAUCACGGAGAGAGAGAGACCUGGAAGGAGAAGCUGUAAUCUUUAAACUACCUUCAAGCUGUAGGUGUACAUACCCCUCCUCCCCUUCAGUUGUCUUUCCGAAUCAUGGAUUCCCAGAUACUUGUUUUUCCCCCAGAUGGAAAUAACAGUUCAGAGAGUUUUACUAUAGGAGUUCAUUCAGCUGUCACCCUAAAAUUGAUUCUGCUUGGUUUCAAAAGGAUCACAUAUUAGGUGAUAAAUGCUGAAUGUACAGUUUAAUAGUUUUGGCUGCAUCUUUCUCUGUGUAACAUGCUGACAAAUAUAAAUUUGUUUAUGACUUUCCCCCAACUUGUUUUACUGUACUGGGUAUUAUGAUAUUUGGUGACAAAAGAUCAGAGCAAUAGUCAACAACUGACAGGCUGUUUGGAACAACUAAAUUUCCUGAAGAGAGCACCAGAGCAAAAAACUAGCCAAAUGUCUGCUGCUGCAAUAGUUGCAUUUUUUAAAAAUAAAAAGUUCAUUUAGUACUGUUUUUUGUUUUGGUUUGUGCAUGUAAAUUGGGUGCAUUUUUUGUUGAUAUAUGUAUGUCAAACUAUUGUACUAUGACCAAUGUUUUUAACAAGAAAAUAUGAACUAAAUCUUAUAAAAAUG